UGUGUUUUCUUAAUGUAGUCUUUGUGUUGUUGGUCUUUCUUGGCCAGGCUCUUCUGUGAUCCCGUCGCUUGUAGUUGGAGAGAGAGUGUCUUUAUCUGAUCCGGUGCAGGGCCUGUCACAGGGCAGCACACGUGAUCACAGAGGCUUACCGUACACUAGCCAGACAGCGUAGGCUCACGUGCGCAUCUUUAAGUAUGUUAUGAAGAAACUUCGAUCGAGUGGUUUUCAACGUUCACAUCAGAAUUAAACUCUUUCUCGUCAGCACAUGGUCCAUUUUUUUUUUUCUUUUUGAAAGUUGAUUUAAAGCUGCCGUUUGGCUUGAACGUUGACCGAGAGCGCUAUUAAAGCACGGUGUUUGGGUUCCCUCUUUGUAGUGUUUAUGUAACGAUAAAGUCAUUACGGAAGCAGUACUGACCGUAUUUUCCCCCUUGUUGUGUUCUGCCUGGUUUUGGGGCAGUGGUGGUCUAAUGGUUAGAGUUCGAGAGCUGGACCUUUAACCCGAAGGUUGCAGGUUUGGUUACCGGUAGAUAAUGUAGGGUGAGUGAGUGAAUGAACGGUGCUCCACCCUCAACCCAUAACUUGAGUGCCCUUGAGCAAACCUUACCCAAAAAACGUUUCCCGCAGCAAAAAUGGUUGCCCACUUCUUUUGUGUGUGCACUUAAAUGGUUGAAUCUAUCUUUUUAUCAUUCUGUCUGUUUGUGAUUUCCAUCUGCAUCGUUUCGUCUAAUCAUUCUCUUGCUCCAUCUAUCCAUCACUUGUCUUAGUCCCUUAUAUCUGUCUUUCAUUCCUUCUUUCUAUUAUUCUUUCUGUUGUUCUGUGCUUGUGUCGCUCCAUCCAUCUUUCUGUCUGAUAAUCUUUCGUCCACCUAUCCAUCAUCUGUCUGUGUUUUUUAUUUAAGGUGUAAUUACCCUUGUUUCCCAUCUUUCAGCGCAGUGAGGACGCUUCUUUUACGGUAGGAAUGUGAGACAGGCGCACAGGUAGUCUGAGAGAGACAGAGCCUUACAGACAGGGCCAGAGAGAAAGUGAGAACAUGUCAGAGGAAGAGCAGAUAAGUGUCUUAUUCCCUCAAACAUCUGCACAAAGCCUAAUUCAGCUGUACAAUCAGUAUUCAAAGCACAGAUUGUAGACUCGGAGCUCUUGUAAGGAGAGGGAUAUGGCUCAGGAGACCAAUCAGACACGAGUGCUCUGUUCCAAUGGUUGUGGGUUUUACGGCAAUCCGCGUAAUAACGGCAUGUGCUCGGUGUGCUACAAAGACUCCUUACAGCGACAGAACAAUAGCGGCAGGUCCAGCGAUCCAGUGUCUUCCAGCCUUAGCAGUAAAGGAGAAUCUGUGACCGUACAAUCGACGUCACAGCAUGAGCAGAACAGUCAGAGUUUUUCAACGCCAGCAGCAGCAGUAGUUACACAUAAAGAAGGUGCUUCAGCAGCAGCUCAAUCAGGCCCGAAAACACCAGAAGAAGUGUCGUGCAGUAAAUUGAGGAGAAACAUCCAGGAGUCCAAGGCGGGUAGCUCAUCGCCGGAGGAUUGCAUAUCGAGAGGAAAGAGGAAGCUUGACGAAACUUGCCAGCCCAUAGAAAGAGUGUCUGCCUCAGAUGUCUCUGAACAAACCUCAGAUGUACCAGAGCAAUCCAGACCCAAGAAAAACCGGUGCUUCUCUUGCCGCAAAAAAGUGGGGCUCACUGGCUUCGACUGCCGGUGCGGACACUUGUUUUGCAGCAUCCACCGAUACUCAGAUACUCACAACUGUAGCUUCGAUUACAAGGCCGAUGCAGCUGAGAAGAUAAGGAAAGAAAACCCUCUUAUUGUUGGGGAGAAAAUCAAGAAAAUCUGAGUUAAGGAUUGCACAUUUUUUUUUUUUUGUUACCCUCUACCUUAAAACCUUGAAUUGUGCAUGCUACAAUGAAACACAUACGCAAA